CAAAUUUGUCACUGGAGAAUGAUUACAUUUUAUCGAGUACAGAUAUUCGAUCAGUUUAUCAAGUGAAAUAAGAUGGAAGGUGCUUGUUUUAAAUAAUAUUUUUCACUGUACAUCGGUGAAUUUCACUUUCAAAACAAGGAUAUGCGAUUUGAAUUUUAUAUAAAGGAUGUGUUCCUCAAUCCCUCUCAGGAGUACUGCAAUCGGAGUCCGGACCAUUUUUAUCGUGACACUACUUAGUCUUUUUCAAUUGUCUAAACAAGACUGUGUGUGGUUUGGAGUAUGUAAUACUGAUGCCUUUAAUCAUAAUCAAUACUGCUCAUAUAAUGGGACUGCAAAAUCAAUGCCUCAAGAUGGGAUAGAUUUGCUAAAAGAGCGCUGCGGCUUUUUACUUGAUGAAGGUCAAACGGAGUUCUGCUGCGAUAUUAAUCAGGUGAAAAUAUUAAAUGAAAAUGUAAAACUGGCCGCUGCAAUUCUGGAUCGAUGCCCAUCUUGUAUGUCGAACUUAGUUCGACACAUUUGCGAGUUCACUUGCUCUGCAAAUCAAUCUCAAUUUGCGCAUGUGGCUGCCACGAAAAAUAAUACAGAAGGUUUACCCUAUGUCAGUUCGUUGGACUUACACAUCACGGCAGAAUAUAUAAACAAAACUUAUAAAUCAUGCUCCCAGGUUUCCGUGCCACAAACCGGUCAAUUAGCACUUGAUCUAAUGUGCGGAGCGUAUCCUGCAUCACGCUGUAGUCCUACGAAAUGGUUUACUUACAUGGGAGAUGCAAACAAUAUAUACGUUCCAUUUCAAAUAACAUAUGUUCAGCAUCAAUCAAAUUCUACAAUAAAUGGAACUUUGCCUUUAAACCCACAUACAGUGCCUUGUAACAAAGCGAUAAAUAACUUAUUACCUGCUUGCUCGUGCAGUGACUGUGAAAUGUCUUGCCCGAUAGCUCCACCAAAACCCGAAGUUCCCGAGAAAUUUACAAUAGCAGGAUUUGAUGCCUACGUCGUAAUUAUGUCGUGUGUUUUUAUUGUGGGAGUCUUUACAUUCCUAAUGGGAUCAUACGUAUUUACUCAAGAUUCGAUAAUUGAUGAAAACCCGACAAUUGAAGGCAACGACGUCCCUGAUGAUACAAAUUUCCGACAGCAUACGCCCUUUUUUGAAAAUCUGGGCGAUAAAACAGAGGUUUUUUUGGAAAACAUAUUUACCAAGUGGGGAACAUUUUUUGCCAGCUAUCCGCGGAUUACCUUGUUUGCCGGUGCUUUACUAGUUUCAAUCCUAGGAUACGGAGUCACGUUUAUACAAAUUACAACGGAUCCAGUCCAACUUUGGGCUUCACCAAAUUCCAAGUCUAGAAUUGAAAGAGAUUUUUUUGACAACAAAUUCGAACCAUUCUUUAGGAUAGAACAAAUCAUAAUCAAAGCUGUGAACCUACCAAAUAUAGUACACAACACUUCAAACGGACCUAUUACAUUUGGCCCAGUGUUUCAUAAGGAGUUCCUUACUGUUUUUUUUAAUCUGCAAGAAGAGAUAAAAAAUAUAGAUGCAAAUGGAACAUUCCUAAAGGAUAUAUGCUAUGCUCCAUUAUCCGAUGACAAAAGUGAUAUUAGUACCUCAAAUUGCAUUGUUCAAUCAAUAUGGGGAUAUUUUCAAGAUGAUUUAAGUCGAUUAGACGACAACGAGGAAGAUAAUGGGUUCAACGUAACUUAUUUGGAUGCAAUUUAUCAAUGCACAAGUAAUCCAUAUUUAUGCUUAGCUCCUUAUGGUGGGCCUGUAGAUCCUGCUGUUGCUUUAGGUGGAUUUUUAAGGCCUGGAGAACAACUUUCCGGAAACACAAAAUACGAGUUAGCAAAUGCUUUAAUUUUGACGUUUUUAGUCAGAAAUCAUCAGAAAACAACAGAUUUGUUAAGCGCUCUGCGGUGGGAGACUUUCUUUGUUGAGUUUAUGAGUAACUAUACGAAAAACAACAUGAGUGACUUCAUGGACAUAGCUUUUACAUCAGAGAGGUCAAUAGAAGACGAGUUAAAUAGAGAAUCUCGAUCGGAUAUUCUAACAAUUUUAGUUUCAUACCUAAUUAUGUUUAUGUAUAUUGCAAUAUCGCUGGGCCAUGUUAAGGCGUUCAAUAGAGCUUUUAUUGAUAGUAAAAUUACACUUGGUUUAGGUGGUGUUAUUAUUGUGUUAGCUUCUGUAGUUUCUUCUGUUGGCAUAUUUGGAUAUGCAGGCAUUCCAGCUACCCUAAUUAUUGUAGAAGUGAUACCAUUUUUAGUAUUAGCUGUCGGAGUCGACAACAUAUUUAUUCUUGUGCAAACUCAUCAGAGAGACCAUCGAAAACCCAAUGAGCUGCAUGAACAGCAAAUAGGACGAAUAUUGGGUCGUGUUGGACCAAGUAUGCUUCUAACUUCUCUAAGUGAAAGCUUUUGUUUUUUUCUUGGUAGUCUAUCUGAUAUGCCUGCUGUAAAGGCAUUUGCUUUAUAUGCUGGUGUCGCAUUAAUAAUUGAUUUUAUAUUGCAAAUUACUUGCUUUGUGAGUCUAUUUACUUUGGAUACUAAGCGAAAAGAAGAAAAUCGUCUGGACAUAUGCUGUUUUAUCAAAGGAAAAAAAUCAGAUAUUAUUAACAACAGCGAAGGACUUCUGUAUAAAUUUUUUAAAAGUGUCUAUGUUCCAUUUCUAAUGAAAAAGGUUGUUAGAGUUCUUGUAAUGAUUAUAUUUUUUGCAUGGCUAUGUCUCAGUGUUGCCAUUUCACCUCGGAUUGAUAUUGGGCUAGAUCAGGAACUGGCCAUGCCUGAAGAUAGCUUUGUUCUACAUUAUUUUAAAUCAUUGAAUAAGCAUCUUAACAUUGGUCCCCCAGUCUUUUUUGUGCUUAAAGGCAAUUUAACGUAUUCAAACAGUUUGGUUCAAAAUUCAGUUUGUUCAGGUCGAUUUUGCAAUGACGAUAGCGUGUUAACUCAAAUCUAUUUAGCGAGCAGACAGUCAAACACAACCUAUAUUGCACGACCUGCGUCUAGUUGGAUUGAUGACUAUUUUGAUUGGGCUUUAGCAUCUUCUUGCUGCAAAUAUAAUCCACAAAAUGGAGAUUUCUGUCCUCAUCAAGAUACUUCGUGUUCAUCUUGCAAAAUUAGCAAAAAUUCUCUUCAACGGCCAGACGAACAUGACUUUGGAGAGUAUUUGCCAUUUUUUUUAAAGGAUAAUCCAGACGAUUCGUGUGCCAAAGCUGGUCAUGCUGCAUAUAGUGGAGCUAUUAGAUAUUCCAAUGAUCAUAAAAGGCUACAAGUCGAUGCCUCCUAUUUUAUGACUUACCAUACCAUUCUUAAAAGCUCAGAAGACUACUUUUUAUCCUUACAGUCAGCUAGAAAGAUAUCCAAAAAUAUAACACAAAUGUUGCAAGGCAGAUUAAUAUCUUUUGGUGUACCCAUUGAAUCAGCUCUUAAUGUCGAAGUUUUUCCAUACUCAGUAUUUUAUGUUUUUUAUGAACAAUAUUUAACCAUGUGGGCUGACACAUUAAAGAGCAUGGGUAUUUCUGUUCUUUCUAUAUUUAUAGUAACAUUCAUUUUAAUGGGCUUCGACAUACAUUCCGCUUUAGUGGUUAUUAUUACAAUAACCAUGAUUGUUAUUGAUUUAGGAGGCUUAAUGUACUAUUGGAAAAUAUCCCUGAACGCUGUUUCAUUAGUUAAUCUGGUAAUGGCGGUUGGAAUAUCGGUCGAAUUUUGUUCGCACUUAGUGCACAGCUUUUCCCUUUCCAAAGAGAUAACUCAAAUAAAUCGAGCUUCGGAUAGUUUGACGAAAAUGGGUAGUUCCAUUUUUUCUGGUAUUACGCUUACCAAAUUCGCAGGCAUUUUAGUGCUAGCGUUUGCUAAAAGUCAAAUCUUUCAAGUUUUCUACUUUCGAAUGUACUUUGGAAUUGUUGUAAUUGGAGCAGCUCAUGGGCUUAUCUUCUUGCCUGUUUUAUUGAGUUAUAUCGGUGCUCCGGUGAAUCAAGCCAGGUUUAAACGUCAAAGUGAAGAUCUGACUGAACACGAUACAGCACUUUCUGGAAUUUUAUAAGUGUAUACCAUGCCUUAAACCAUGGACUAUUUUAAAUGUUAACUGGUUUAGGUGUAAUAUUGUCGAAUAUGUAGAUAAUUAUAGAUUUGUAGUUUAUAUGUAAUUUUUCCAUAAGCAGGUUAA